GUAGGUAGAAAAGCAGAGAGGAGAGAAAGGAAUAUAUUCAGACAAAAGAGAGAGAAGAAGAGAGAGGUGGGGCUCUGUCCACCACCAUGACUGAACAAGCGGGUUCGCUUCCAAACUUCCAGAGGUUAGUAGGGAAAGUGGCACUGGUGACCGGCGGAGCCACUGGCAUUGGAGAAAGCAUUGUGCGCCUGCUCCACAAGCAUGGCGCAAAAGUUUGUUUAGUUGAUGUGCAGGACAACCUCGGCUUACAAGUGUGCGAAUCCCUCAACGGAGAUCCAAACAUUUGUUAUCUCCAUUGUGAUGUCACGGUAGAGGAUGAUGUUAGCCGUGCAGUUGAUUUCACUGUCGAUAAAUAUGGCACGCUGGAUAUCAUAGUCAACAACGCUGGGGUGACAGGUUCGCCUUGUCCAGACAUCCGCAAUGCAGACUUAUCUGAGUUUCAGAAAGUGUUUGAUAUUAACGUGAAGGGAGUGUUCCUCGGAAUGAAGCACGCAGCUAGGGCAAUGAUCCCACAGAAAAAGGGCAGCAUAGUUUCUCUUUCCAGUGUUUCAAGUGUUCAAGGAGGCAUUGGACCACAUGCAUACACAGGGUCUAAGCAUGCUGUGUUGGGGCUGACCAAGAACGUUGCAGCUGAGCUUGGGAAUCAUGGGAUACGCGUUAACUGCGUUUCUCCAUAUGCAGUUGCAACGAAUUUGGCUUUGGCUCACCUGCAGGAGGAUGCGAGAAUCGAAGAUGGGACAGGUUUCCGAUCUUUUGUAUCAAAAAAUGCCAACUUGCAAGGAGUGGAACUGAAAGUUGAUGAUGUAGCUAAUGCUGUGCUCUUUUUGGCAAGUGACGAGUCCAAGUAUAUAAGUGGGGAUAAUCUCAUGAUCGACGGGGGCUUCACUUGUGUGAAUCACUCACUGAGAGUCUUUAGAUGAUGAGAAGAGUUAAAUGGAUUGGUCCUUAUAUUUCCGCUAGCAUCUUUGGAGCGUUUGUCGUGGAAAAUGAUUUCCGCACUUCCGAUUCCUCCUGAUAAUGAAAUGCCGAAUAUGUUUCCAUCUCUCUUUACAGUUAACUGUCUACCAGGCUUCUUACAAGUACUUUUUCACAUUUCCAAGUUGACCAUUUCGUGUGCAUAUUGCUGGAUUGUUGCAUUCUUUUCCAUCAUACGUUAUAUGGAACUUAUGCAUCUGCCAGGCCAUGGAAAUGUCAAAGCUUAUGAAGAACUCACCUUCGGAGAA